UCGCCUGCGGACGUUCGUCCCUUGACAUCAAGAUCUCCUCAGGGACAGGGCUUCAAAAGCCGUCAACCUGGCCUGGGAAACCCGCCCACUUGCUUGGUUUGGUUUCGACCACGGUCCUCUAAAUUCUCGCCCUUGAACGAACCGCGUGGCCAUCUCAGCACCCAUGGGCCUCGUUCAACGGGUUACAAAAUGGCUGCCCUCCACGCCGAGUCUGCCCCUAGAUGACUCUUCGCGCGAGAAAGGCCAUAACCCCUCCAGAUUCGCCUUCUUCAAGCGGAGGAUACGGUUAAAGGGCAACUCAUCGAUUUCGAUUCCCCUGGGAUUCGUUCUACUAUUCCCAUGUCUUGUAAUAGUCCUCAUCCUACUCCUUUUCGUUCGACAUCCUUCUUCGCCCGGGGGAAUCUUGAUUCCUGCUGGUACACCACCGUCCAUCAGAAAAAUAAGUGAACAGUACGACAAGGUCUUCGCUACUGGCUGCCUCCCGGUCGAAAAAACCGACGCCCCACGCGCAAACGCCGCUUUUGUUGUUCUUGCCAGAAAUAAGGAAAUUGAUGGCGUGGUUCAGUCGCUCAAGUCUAUUGAAAGACACUUCAACCGCUGGUUCCAUUAUCCCUAUGUGUUCCUGAACGACGGUGACUUUGACGAUACCUUUAAGGAGACCGUCAAAAACUACACCAGUGCCCCUGUAGAGUUUGGCAAGAUCGAUGAGUCCAUGUGGGGUUACCCGGACUGGGUCGAUCAUGAGGUUGCCAAGGAGGGCGUCAGGAAGCAGGGAGAUGCUGCCAUCAUGUACGGAGGAAUGGAGAGCUACCAUCACAUGUGCAGAUUCUACUCCGGCCACUUCUACAAGCACCCCCUCCUGAUGAAGUACGAGUGGUACUGGCGUCUGGAGCCCGAGAUCAAGUACUUCUGUGACAUCACAUAUGAUCCAUUUAUCAAGAUGGCCGAGGCCAACAAGACCUACGGCUUCACCAUUGCUGUUAAGGAGCUUCGCGAGACCGUCCCCAACAUCUUCCGUUACGCCUCUGCCUACAAGCGCAAACACAACCUCAAAUCGAAGGGAUUGUGGGAAAUGUUCCUCGAGCACCCCGAGGAGGAAGAGCCCAAGCCGGAAGAGGAGAAGCAGGAGAAACUCCCUGAGGAAAUCCUUCAGAACGAACCCGGCGAAAACACUGUCCCCGAUGUCGAUCCUGAGGCCAUGGAAGGCGAAAAGUACAACAUGUGCCAUUUCUGGAGUAACUUUGAGAUCGCGCGUUUGGACUUCUUCCGCAGCAGGGAAUACGAGGAAUUCUUUGAUAUGAUGGAUAAGAGUGGAGGGUUCUGGAUGGAGAGAUGGGGUGACGCGCCUAUUCAUUCCCUGGCGGCUGGUGUCCUCCUGUCCCCCAGCGACAUCCACUACUUCCGGGACUUCGGCUACCGGCACACCACCAUCCAACAUUGUCCCGCCAACGCCCCCGCCCGGCAGCUGCCUCGCAUUCCCUGGCUGGAGACGACGACCGAGGACGAGAAGGAACGGAUCGAGGAGGACGAGUACUGGGCGAACCCCGACCCCGUCAAGGAGAACGGCGUCGGCUGCAGAUGCAGGUGCGACACAGACAUUGUGGAUGUGGAGGGCAAGCAGGGCAGCUGUCUCGCCGAAUGGGUGGAAGUUGCUGGAGGAUGGGCCUCUCCAUAGAUUUUCGGAUUGUUGCCCCUUAAUGUUCGCUGUAUAAUCUUCGCCUCCUCGUUUCCGUACCUAUUUGUUCGACUAUGAGCAUCACUCGGUUCGCCCUUGGAGUUAUUUGCUUGAACCUGCAUGUUACGUUGGCUGUGGGUUUCUGGACGGCGUUAUACGGAUCUG